AAGAAGAAGAAGAUUUCCGCUUCCUGUUCAAAAUUGCCGCGCGUCUCGCUACCAGAAUGCCCAAAUCAAAGGAAGUGCUGUCCUCCACAUCCGGAAGUGACUCCGACAGUGAAGUAGAGACCAAGGCAAAGAGAAAAAAGCCUGUUGCACCAGAGAAACCAACCAAGAAACAAAAAAGUGGAGAGAGCUCAAAGCCGAGCGCUUCAUCCAAGAGCAGCGGUAAUGGUGAUGACAACAUGUUCCAGAUUGGUAAAAUGAGAUAUGUCAGUGUCAGAGACUUCAAAGGUAAAGUCCUGAUUGACAUCAGGGAGUACUGGAUGAACCAAGACGGGGAGAUGAAGCCAGGAAAGAAAGUGUUGGAGCAAGAGGCUGCGGCAAAGACGGACAGUCCCAGGGACAACCCGCCGUGGAACUAA